AUGGAGGCAGACAGCACUCGCACAGGGCCGUUGUCUAUGGAUCAAUAUCAGUGGCUAUUUAACACGUGCCGAAUUCCAAAAGCAGGGACAGACGUUAUCCGUGUAUCAGACAAGAUCAAGAACAAUCAUAUUAUAGUAUCCCGGAACGGCAAAUUCUACUCGGUGUCUGCCGUACAUGCAUCUGGUGUACAGCUCAAUACUGCCGAGCUUGAAACAAGAGUUUUGCAGAUGGCUGGGCAAACAAAGGAUGUUUGCCUUGGUUCACUGACAGCAAACAAUCGUGAUGCUUGGGCUCAAGCUCGUUGUGAAUUAUUGGAAUCCUCAGUAAACCUGGCAUCACUGGACCAGAUUGAAUCGGCUUCAUUCAUGAUUGUGCUAGAAAAUGGAUCACCAGAGUCUCUAACAGACGUGUCUAGAAGUACAUGGCUUGGUGAUGGAAGAAACCGAUGGAAUGAUGUCACUUGUCAAUAUCUCAUUUACGAAAACGGCAAAGCUGGAUUUGUUGGUGAGCAUUCCAUGAUCGACGGUACGAGCACAGGACGAAUGGUGGAGUUCAUAAUCGAUAGUCUUGACAAGGGCAAGAUAAAUUACGGGCCACCAGAAAUCUCGUCAAGUCUACCGCUUCCCACCAAACUCGGAUGGGAACUAAAUGAAUCUCUACUAUUCCAUAUCAAAAGUGCAGAAUGGGCCUUUGAAGACCUUAAUGCCCGGGAAGACAUGAAGGUGCUUGGAUUCCAUGAGUUUGGGAAACAACAGAUUAAGAAGUUUAAUGUAUCCCCAGACGCUUUUGUACAAAUGGCCAUACAACUAGGAUACUAUAAGAUGUACGGUUACUGUAAACCGACAUAUGAAAGUGCCCAAACUCGCAAGUAUGCGUAUGGUCGAACUGAAACUUGCCGGACUGUCUCUGUUGAAUCUGUUGCUUGGUGCAAAGCUAUGGGAGAUCCGACACUUCCGAUGCAUGAAAAGGCUGAACUGUUGUUGAAAGCCAUCACGUCACACGUAAAACGGAUGGGCGAAGCAGUAGAUGCCAAGGGAGUGGAUAGACAUCUUCUUGGAUUGAAACACCAGAUAAAAUCCGGAGAAGAAAUACCACGUAUGUUUGCUGAUCCAGAAUACGAUGCCACCAGGACUUGGAUAUUAUCUACCUCUCAAGUAUCUUCAGAGUGUUUUGAAGGCUAUGGAUGGAGCCAAGUCUGCGCCAAUGCCUAUGGCAUCCCGUACUGCGUCAAGAAUAACAGCCUUCUAGUCACCGUUACAUGUCUCAAGCAGCUGAAUGCAAGUGCUCUAUCAGACUCUAUUGCGACGGCUUUACGAGAAAUGAGAGCCUUGUUUGCAGAGGCUUCUGCCGUCAAGAUUCCUGUCGAUAUCAAGCCUGUCAAUACAAAGACAGCAGCUGUAGCUAAACAGCCAAUGAUACUCGAGAGCAGGAGAAUGUCGUUAGUGGAGAUGACUGCGAGCACAGCAAGUUUAAUUGCAACGUAA